CGGACAGGCGUCAAACAAUACAUACUGUUGCAAUGACGAGUGGAGUCUUUUACAUUCUACUAGGCCUACUCGGUAUCUUGCAGAAUAGUUGGUCAGUUGAAGGUGGGGAUGCUUCAGUGCAGAGUGAAAGGUAUCUGCCUCUCCAUUCGAAGCCACUCUAUUACAGCGGAGACACAUUAAUAAUUGGAUCCCUGUCCAAAUACAAUAGCCUGGAAGAAACUUUCCCUGAUUUCGGAGAUCCAACUUGUGAAACAAUGGAAAGCAGCGAGUAUUAUGGAAACGAAAUAUAUAGGACCAACAUUUUCAAUCGUUCAAGUACAAAUAAUUUUGAGGUAUCUACAGCAGAGCAAAAUCCAAAAGUUGAGGCAUCCGAAUACUUUGUACAAGUUGGUGUGCUAGCUUUUCGCUGUAAGCCUAAGCAGGACGAUACUCAAUCUGGAAAUCCUGGAAAAAGAUACGUACAAAUUAUAAAUUCAAUGGUCAGCAUCAAAGAAAUUUAUGAAAUAAAAUACUUCAGUGGAGUUUCUGUGACAAAGAGUAAUUGUGGUGGCAGGGAGUGUGUUCUAGUUGAAGAGACAAAGUGUCUUGCACAAAAGGCAGGCAAUGCUGAUCUUGUUCAAUUCAAAUGCAACAUUGGAAUGCCUUCAAGAACUUCACCUCCAAGCAUUGUUCCAAAUUUGAAGCAUAAAUACUUCGCAAAAGUACCAAUUCGUCAUCGAAGGCAUUUCAAGGAUAUGAGCGACGCAGGAAAUGAGAUCAUUUCCAGUGGAGGAAAAUCAUUCAAGAUAGGCUCAUCUUCUUCUAUGGAAUCAUCUGAAUAUAUGGUUGUGUGCCAACCCUCAACAAUUAUGAACCCAAGAAUAUUCUUUCCUGAGUGUUUUCAAAAAGUUGGAGAUAAAUAUGCUAGAAUGAAUGGGCAACAAUUCGAUGAAUCCUUCACAGUCGUUGAUGAAAGGGUGCAAAUUUGUGUCAAUGAGACAUCCCGAUUGCCACAGGCUCCGAAGAUCUUCUAUCGUGUGCAGACCACUGUUAUUGGUAAAUAUGAAGUUAAGGAAAUUCAGUAUGGACCAGGCAUUUCCGAGCUGUACGCUAUAACUCUUCCGACUGGAAAGGAAACCAUACGAUAUAAAGACGUGAGGUUUUAUGAUGGAAUUACAAGAGAACGUAUAUCGCUCCUAAUUCCAUUCAGGGAAGUUGAAAAUUGGAAGGUGUCCUCCAUACGGGUUGGAUCUGAACGUAUAAGUUGGACAGACAUACACUUCAAACUGGAGCAUUCCUCAGUGUAUUCAACGUUCAUCAGUCCCACGGGAUACGAUCUCCAAGUGGGUUCGAAACCUGUUCUAGAUGGUCAAUCUUCUCUUUUAGGUUACAGUUGCUCAGAAAUGGAAAAUUCAAAUAAAUUCAGCACUGAAAUUAAACUUGUUAUUUCUCGAGGUCAAGAAAAUCAUGCUGUUGUCAAGGAUGAUAAAGAUAUCACUUUCAGCUACAUAAGUAAAAAGAUUUGGAAAUGCUCACCUAGAACAAAAAAGGGUUUGACUUUCUGGAGGAUAGCCAAUCGGCUGGAAACGUCGAUGCCAGUUCACAUGAUACAUCCGUCUAUUUUUAAAAACGAAGAUUGCUAAAUCUAAUAUAUAAAUAGCAGGAGCCGUCA